AUGUCCAACACAGACGACAGCGAUGGAGACGAUGGCGCGGCAGGGCUUUUCCAAGAGCCAGAAGACUUUUACCAACCUGAAAAGCAGCCUACAAAUGUCGAACAUUGCUUGCUAAAUGAUAAGGGACAUCUGUUAUGGAACGCCGGCCGGACCAUUGCCGACUACAUUGAGGCGAAUAAGGACGAUCUCAUCAAAGACAAGUCGGUGCUUGAACUGGGCGCCGGUGCAGGACUUCCUUCUAUCGUCGCUGCUCUCAAUGGCGCAAAGAUAGUCGUCGUGACCGACUAUCCCGACGCUGAUCUGAUUGAGAACCUAGAAUGGAACGUCAAGCACAAUUGUCAACAGAUUGCCACCACCCAUGCUUGUGGCUACCUGUGGGGUGCUGAGACCAAGACAAUCAAGCAGUAUCUACCAGCUACGGAACAAGAAGCUGGCUUCGAUGUCCUCAUACUUGCCGAUCUCCUUUUCAACCACUCCGAGCACUCCAAGCUCGUCGCCACCGUGGUCCAAACGCUAAACCGAACACCAGGAGCUCAAGCGUUAGUCUUCUUCACGCCAUAUCGGCCGUGGCUAUACGAGAAGGAUAUGGCGUUCUUUGAUCUUGCCGGAGAAGCUAGUCUCGAGGUCACCAAGAUCAUGGAGAAGACGAUGGAGAAAGUCAUGUUUGAGGAGGAUCCUGGACUUGCGCUGGUCGCAAACAAGAACUUGAGAAAGGUCCAGCGACCCGACGAACUGUUCGAGAGCAUUGUUGAAUCACCACAGUCUGCAUUUACUUCGCCAAGUGGCUCACCAUAG